AUGAUCUAAGGAAUUUUUGGAGAUGUGACUUUAGCUAAUAUUUCAAUAGCUGAUCUUAGGAAGAACAAAUAAAAUAGUGCCAACUAGCCUAUCAAAUAACAAUCUAGAUAAUCAUAAAUAUUUACACAAAAUACUUUUCACGUUCAUAUUAAAAGGCCGAAUUUUGAUUCGAUACAACUCAAUCAUCCAUUACUAUCAAUGGAUUUAAAUGAUAUUCUAAAUUCAAAAUAUUUCGAGAGCAAUGCCAAAAAGUUUGGUGAAAUACUUAAGAAAAAUCAAUAUUAUUUGGAAGAAUACCAAAUAAAAUAGAACUAAUAAAUCCCGAUAGAUAAUAGAGUGGAUCAAAAAUAAAUAGCAUAAAUAAAUGCUCCAAUUAAAAAUAAUAAACAAAAUAUGGUUAGUCAAUAUGAUUAAGCGAGAAGGACCACUAUUACCAAUUAUAACCAAGAUAAACUUUUAUCAGAAUAUUAAAAAUAAAAUAAUUCUUGUUAUCCAUUCAUAAACCCUUACUAAGUCUAAGAGGUUUAGAACACUAGUUAAGAAAAAAGUUUAAAUGAAAUAAUCAACUUUUUCAAGCAAAACAAUUUUGAUGUCCACACAUAGGAAUUGCAGUUCUAUAUCGAUGCUUAUAAAACUAAAGACCCUAUUAAACUACUAGAAAUGUAUAAAGCAGAUAAGAUUAGAUGAGAAGUAUAUUUUACAACAAUUUGAAUUACAAUAGAUAAUUUA